UGACCAAACAAUGUGAUGUGUGGAAUACAGGUCUCUCAGGCUGCUGCAGAACUGAAGACCUUCUGUUUGCAAAAUGCUCACAAAGACCCUCUGCUCACUGGGGUGCCCUCCAGUGAUAACCCAUUCAGGCCACCAAAGUCAUGUGUCCUCCUUUGAUCCUCUGACAUGGCUGUGAAGAAGUACAAAACACUCAAACAGAUGCCUGGUCAUUUUGCACUGUUGAUCUCUGCCAUGUGCUCCACUUCCUCUGAAGAUAAAAAAAGCCAAGACAAGAACACUUACUCACUCACAUGCGCACACAGGCACACACACGCACACAAACACACACAUGCUACUAAGAAAUGAUGCUGAUGAAUUUAGCUGUGUGCUGUAACUGUAGGUAAUGUACUUACUAUGACAGGAUGUGUGUUUCUAAUGGCAACCACUGGUGUCGUGUUUUGCUUUUUUUAGGUUUAGAGGUAAACACAACAGGCCUUAAACUCACUCUGUUUUGAUGAGCAUACCCAUUUUACAGCCAAACUACACUUUUUACAGUGGGUCAUUGGACAAAUAAAGCCUGGAGUUGAUGACUAAAAAAUCUUGUUAAAGUCACAUUGGAAAGAUAUCAGAGUCCUAUCUGAUUUAUUUCUAUUUAUGAACAUCGUGCAAAGCAGAUCUUACAAAAAUAAAAUGGAUUCCAUGUUUUUUCUUUUGUAUGUGCUUGUAAUACAUAUUCAGUCUGUGCCACGUGUAAGAGAAAAAUUAAACUAGAUAAUCUAUUCCCCUUUUUAAAGGAUUCUAUCAACCAAUGGCAUUUUGUAGCUAUUGAUUCCUGUCAUUUAUUUCGAAGAAACAGGAGCCUUUAAAUAAUCAUUCAUUUUGUACCUGCUAGGCAGAAAUACUUCAUAAAACAAAAGGAAACAUUUGAAAGGGAACAGAGGAGGUAUGGAAACCUGAUAAGCUGAUGUAAGUUGAUGGAUAUUGCCAAUCUUGUGUGAACACACAGCUCAGUUCAAAAUUUCAUCUUAUGUGCGCUGUUAUUAUUCACCAUUAAAAGCUGCCACGUGGUUGUUUUUGUUAUCGGUCUGUGAAACUGUAUCUGGCAUGAAUUUGCUAUCUUAGUUUUAACAAUAUUAACUAGACCAAUAAUGUUGUGUUAUCUGCCUCCCAUCCACUGACCCUCAUGUCUCAUGAUUACACAAAGCUUCAUGUGUAAUCAGUGAGCACGGUUACAUGCGCACAAUAAUCAGAUAACUGGGAAUAAUCAGAUAAUGGUAAUAAUCCGAUUUGAUG